AGCCAUUUUGGCCUCAGCUAUUUUUCUGAUGUUGUUCCGGUUGUUUCUAACACAUUUCGUCUUUCGUGACUCGACUUAUCCAAACAUCACUGUCACAAUUGAUAACAGGCGGCUAUUCUCUAUCAUGUCGUACUUUUUCUUCUUCUACAACAUAAUUCUUGGAAUUUUCUCUGCUUUCAUGAGAAUUCUAAACGGCAUACUUUUAGGAGUGAUAUUCAUCUCUCGUAUUGACCGUUCAUCACUGAUGCAGGGUUUCCAGGCUUGGGACAAAGCUUUUGUCGCAUACCUUGGUUUUGUGACUGUGCUGGUUGCCCACAGACAUCCCGUGAUGCUGGUGUUCUGUCAGUUGCUUAUUGACAGACAAAAAUAUUACCAGCCCUUGCAAAAGCGCUUUAGUCGGGAGUCCCGUCGGCCGCGCAUGUCUAAAAAGGCUGCCAACCGCUGGUUCCUGGCCGUGACUCUCUUACGCAACCCAUCUCUUGUCAAGUCCCGCCGCCAAGGCCGCCAUAUCACAGCGUCUGUUGUGACUCAUGGAUGCGUCAACGUUGACGUUCAAAUGUAAACUCCACUCUAUCUGGUUCACUUUGUCGGAGAUCUGCUAUAG